GCUUUCCUUCACCACCACUAGUUGCUCCCCAACAACUUGUCCCCAGAAAUACAAGUUUCUCUCUUAUUCUUUCCAUAAUCUUCAUUUCUGUUACUUAUCCUCUAAAUCCCUUUCUCUUCACCUACAUUCCUGCUAAGCUUCUCUCAGAAAGAUCCAGCAAGUCAAAUUACCAAACCCAAAAAAGUUCGGAUUUUCUUGAUUUUAAACACAGAAUCAAGAAAGAGGGCAACAGUAACUGGAAAAAAAAAAAAAGAAACGAUGAAGAUACAGUGUGACGUGUGUGAGAAAGCUCCGGCGACGGUGAUAUGUUGCGCCGACGAAGCAGCUCUGUGCCCUAAAUGCGACGUCGAGAUCCACGCUGCUAAUAAACUCGCUAGCAAGCACCAACGCCUUCAUCUCACCUCUCUCUCCACUAAAUUCCCUCGUUGCGAUAUCUGCCAAGAGAAGGCAGCUUUCAUAUUCUGUGUAGAGGAUAGAGCUCUGCUUUGUAGGGACUGCGAUGAAUCCAUCCACGUAGCUAAUUCUCGAUCUGCAAAUCACCAGAGGUUCUUAGCCACUGGGAUCAAAGUGGCUCUGAGCUCAAGUAGUUGCAGUAAGGAAGCAGAGAAGAAUCAUUCUGAGCCUUCAAACAACCAACAGAAAGCUAAUCAGAUCCCGGCUAAAUCCCCGACCCAGAUACAGUCUUCUUCUGCUUCUCCUCUUCCCUGGGCUGUUGACGAUUUCUUCCACUUCUCUGAUCCUGAAUUCACUGAUAAGAAAGGACAGCUUGAUCUUGGUGAGUUAGAGUGGUUUUCAGACAUGGGUUUCUUCAGUGAUCAGAUUAAUCAGGAGGCUCUUCCUGCAGCUCAAGUUCCCGAGCUUUCUGUGUCGCAUUUAGGUCAUGUUCAUUCAUACAGACCAAUGAAGACGAAUGUUUCAUACAAGAAGCCGAGGUUAGAGAUCAGAGAUGAUGAUGAUGAGGAGGAGCACUUCAUUGUCCCUGAUCUAGGCUAAAAGGCUAUAUGUAAGCUAUGUGUAGACAUUCAUCCAUAGAAAAGUAAGAGGAAGAAAAAAGACACAGAAACUCAUCUGUGUAAGGAUGAUGCGUGGAGUCAAUGUCAUAUCUUUAGUUUCAUCUAAGUUGAGAGCUUAUUACACAUUUCCCUUCUUUUUUUUUUGUCCUAAUCUCUUAUGAGAUGUUUGUGUUUGAGUUUGUUCAUAUACCUCUUAAACAUGGUAUUUGCUUUAUGGUUGGUGCUACAAACUUGAAUCUAAACUCGAAUAAAAAGAACCUUCCUUAGCUACUA